AUGGGAGUCAGUUAUGGAGCAGGAUUGCUAGAAUUCCUGGAUAUACCUUUCAGCGAGUUGCAUACUAGUUUUUGGGUUGAUGAGGUAGCUCGAUUCAAUUAUUCAGAAUUUGGAGAUGUAAUAUCUUUUGAUGCUACAUUCCGAACCAACAGACAUUUCAUGGUGUUUGUUCCUUUCACUGCGGUUGACAACCAUAACUGCAAUGUUGUUCGUAAUUUGAAGGAGUCUACCAUUGUUUGUAGUUGCAAUCACAUCAGUCGACAUGGUUAUUUAUGCAGAAACGUGUUUAAAGUUUUGCUAAACACCGGUGUUGAAUCUAUACUUGAAAAAUACAUUUUGAGAAGAUGGAGACGCAACCUUAUGACGAUUGAACUUCAAAACAGCCGUCAAAGAAUAUGCGAUAUAGGCGAGGAUCAACGCAGAAUAAUAAAUGAUACAUAUGACGUUAUCGAUGAUGUGUUGGACAUAUUAAGAGAUAACAAAGAAAAACUAGAAUCAUUUAUGGCCACACUUAAGGAAAUGAGGGAUGAUGUAGCCAAAGAUCGUACAUAUGAACCUUUGAUGAAACGUAAAGAGUGUGGAAUAGAACAAAUUAUUGGUUUUACAAGACCCGAUAACAUUGAGAUACAUCCCGCUACCGGUAUAAGGAACAAAGGUUGUGGUACGUCCAAAAGAUUGAUUGCUGUAGCUGAGAAAGCAACAGUGAAGAGUAGCCGGCCUAAGAGGAUGUGUAGUGGAUGCAAGUUGAUGUCUAAUCACGAUAUCCGUAACUGUCCAGCGAAGAGAAAGUAG